AUGCCGUACCUCAAUGUGCCCGCCGACUCACCGUCGGUCUCUGACCUAGACUCGAGUGCUUUCGAGAAACUCGUGCGAGACCUUAGUGCUGUCUUGGGGCCGAGCUCAGGCUUGGACUCGGAUGAUGUUGAUCCGAUGGUGAUCCAGAAAUUGAUGGAUAAAUAUGUUUCGAAUGAAUCAGAAUGGCAUUCAUUCGCCCUGGGGGACGCGAGCAGAGCCUAUACGCGAAACCUGAUUGAUGAGGGAAAUGGCAAGAGUAACUUGCUCAUUCUAGUUUGGACCCCCGGAAAGGGAAGUGCGAUUCACGACCAUGCCAACGCACACUGCGUGAUGAAGAUCCUGAAAGGAAAACUACAGGAGACCCUCUAUUCGUGGCCUGAUGAGGAAAGGAUCAGACGGGGGAGACGUCUCCGCUCCUCCGCUUCACUCCACGGCUGUGGUCUCUACGAUGAAAGAACCGGCAAGUCAAAUCACAUCAAGAUGUCCAAUUUCUACUCUGUUCGCGGCAAACGCCCGACCGACCUUGAAAAGCAAUAA